UUGGCUUUCGGGACCAGUCGACAGAGUUUUUAUUUCGCGUAUUCCGCGACCGAAACAGCUGAAGGGCCGAAAUGUCAAAAAUCCGACGGGAAUCCACGAACGUGUGUAAUGUCAGCUACAAGUGACGCACUGGCGCUUCCCGCGGCGCGUUUUUCACGCGAAACGAUGCCAAGAGGAUAAAUUAUGCCCCGAAAAGAAAACACCAAAGCGAAAACAUGGGAGCGAGACAGAAGAAAACGUAUGAACGCUUACUUCAAAACUCUGGCAGACCUCUUGCCGCCACAUCAGGAGGGUCGCAAACGCAACAAGGUCGACAUCCUGAUUCACGCAUCGAAGUACAUCAAAGACCUCCAUAGUCGUACAGAGGAGUUGUUCUCUGCUCAUGCUUCGGAGGCUCAUAAGGAGGAAUUAUCUCGUUUGAAGAAACUUGUGACUCAGCUUUUCUCUCGUACGCAAUUGCUGUCCACCCUUCUGCGAGAGGCUGGCAUUUCUGUUCCGGCAGAGCCAGCUCUUGAGAAACUAUCUCCUCUGAAAUGGUCAAACAAAAUCAACGUGGAGGACGCGGAGAAGUGUUUCGGCAAAAUAGAAGAAAUAAAAAAUUCUGAAAGCAAGAGGGAAAAGUCUGCAGAACCGAAAGUGCCUUCUAAGAGAAAAUCCGUUACUUCUUCUCAUUCGUCUAGUAAAAAGUCAGUGGAAAGUAGCAAUGUUUCCAAGGAUGUGAAUAGUUGCAUAGAGAAUCAGGAGAAUCAAGUAAACUCUGCGAAUAGCAACGAUGAUAAUUUAGAGACAGCAGACAGUGCAUCGGACGCAGGAUCCAAAGAACCAGAACGUUGUCAAAUGAAUACAACAUUGCAAAAAGUAGAAUCUCAGAGGAAAGUGAAACGGAAAGCAAAGAAAAAGGAAGAAAAGAAAUCAUUGGCGUCCUGUAUAAAUAAUUCCGUGACGAACCUGACCCCGAACACCCUUAUAUUAUCCGGUGGUAAAUUAAUGCCUUUGGUAACUCCGAUGACGUCGAAUAUAAUUGUAAAUACUCAACAACAGCCUGCGAAUCCCAUAAUUCUGGGCAACGGUCAACAGAAUCAGAUGAUCGUGAUGCAACCGUUGACCAAUCGCGUGCAGAACCCGGUUGUUUCCAUUUGCAAUCAAGCUGUGAUCAAUACGGUUCAGAAGGUCACGCUCAACACGGUCCCUAGCAUUCGCGCGAACAUGGUGGUGGACUCGCAGAACUGGGCGUCCAAUGUGAAGAACAUAAUCAAUGCGACGAAGAUAGGCGGUCACAAGGGCAUUCUGCCCAAGGGUAAGGAAGUGACGAAAACAACGAUGACGUACAAAGUUCCUAUUCCGGCGGUUCACAAGGAGAAAACGGAGAAAUCUAAAGAACAUGGAUCUAAGAAAGAGAUGGAAGUUAAGUCGAAGGCUAACAAAAGUCACGGGAAAAGUUCAAGAAGUCAGCAAUCUGUAUUGGAAACCAUUGAAGAAAAGAGUGACAAAGAAAAAGUGGCGAAAAAUGUCGAGGAUGCAAAUUCCACGCAGAAAACUGUGCUCAAACGUCCUAUCAGCACGGAAGCUGGCUCAUCCGUGGACGAACCUGGUGAAAAAAAGCGAAAAGCAAACGAAAACCGUGAACACAGUCCAGCGAGUGUGGUACCUGUAUCAAAGUCAGACUUUGCUGUGACCUGUAAGUCCAUUGAAAGUUUGAAGCAUGUUAUAGAAAAGAUAGGCGAGGAAACGAACGAAGAACAGGAUAAAAGUCAUGUACUGGAUGAGUCGGAGGGAAAUACCGAAACGAACGUAGAAUGUUCUGCCUUGCUAGGUUCCACUGGUUCCACCGAUCAGCAGGAUAUUUCCGACACUGCAAAGUCGGUGGAUGUUCUGACGUCAGACAGCAUUCAGUGUGAAACGAAAAGAGGCCAGGAUGCGCCAAUUUCAGACACAACGUCUCCAGUUACCUUCCCGGAUGAACAUUUGAAAGCUUCCAAUGAAAAUGUCUCGGUUUCUUCUGAAACUGAUUUCAACAUUCCUGUAGAUAGUACACUGGAGAAAUCGACCAGCAGCAACAACGUCGACCGCCCUGAUACUAAAUCGACUUUGACAGAAGUAGAGAAAGCGGUUGAGAAUUCGGUGGCGUCUAAAAAGAUGAAGGAUGUUUGCAAUCUGGAUACAGAAUUCGACAAUCUGUUGCAGGUGGCACCGAAAGAGUCAGAGAUUGUGCAACAUGGUGCAACCAACUUGGAAAAUAACAAGAUCAUUCUAAAUUUAGAUACAAACACCACAACAACUUUGAAGCCAGAAACGAGUGCUGUGGUUCAGACUCCAGACAUCACCACGCCGUCGUCGUCGUCGUCGUCGUCGUCGUCGUCGUCGUCGUUGCUUCCAGUCAGCAUAGUGGAGGACGAGUCCAAACUGGUGAAAACGUCAAAGGACGAAGCGUCAAAAUCUUCGCUCUCUUAUAACACGGAGAAUUCUUUCGUACCGAUUGGUAGCCGAGCCGAUGGCCUUCACUCUGACCUUUCAAAUGAUAUAUUCGCAUCUCUUCAGGUACCUUCCAGUUCUCACAAUCCAGAAUCUAUAUCUCCUACAGCUGCGUUCCUAAUGGCUUUUCCAUUGGUGUCUUCGCUGAAUGGUAAAACAGAGGUUUUGGAGGAGGAGAUGAAAGAGGACUUCAAGUAUCAUAGCCAGACCCCGCCCAUGCUUCUGCAGAUCGGUGCAAUGGAGCCGAAUAGUUUCAAGCUGAAGACAGCGUCACCACCCCACUCCAUUGCUGAGAAACGGCUGAAAGUAACAUGCGAGGACAAAAAGGCUAUGAACCCUCCUGCGAGCGAGACAGUGUCCACGAACGUCAUGGUCUCCGUGGACUGUGCCACGACUACGAAAGCUUUGCCCAAAGUUGUAAACGACGAACCUCUUAGGGAGCCUUAUAAGAUCGUCGUGGAGAAAUCUGCACCUUCCAAUUCCUUCUCCAACGCGACGCUGUAUUCCAUUUCAAGCACUCCGGGUACUACGUCAAUUAUCAACACUCCAGAAACGGGAGAGAAUUGUCCGAGUCAACAGCUGACGACAAAUCUAAGGAAUCCAGUGGCAAACACUGCCGACGAAAACGUCACGGCUUCACAGAUCAACGCGGUAUCCAUUUCAAGUAAAACCGGUGAUCCGAAUAAUUGUCCCGUGCAAGCGUCAAGCUGUGACACUAACGUUCGAUACAGCACGUCUCAGGACUUCCUGUCGAGUUACUCGACGAUCGUUGAGAACAAUUUGACCACACUGCAGCAGAAUCCAAACGAUUGCACCAACUCGACGAUUCAGGAAACAAAUCCAUCUGGAUUGAGUCAGAACGUCGUGCCCGACGUGUCCCAAGCGCCUCUGAUUUCUCAUUUGUCUAACAGCAAUACGACGACGAAUACGUCAUUGCCUUUGCAAACGAUGCAAAUGAAUUAUACCUCUCAGAUGAAGGAUAAGGAAUCUCAUAACUCCCGCGUUGCUUACGGGAUUCACAGCAAGGAUCCCCUGGUGGAUUCUAACAUAGUUCCCAAUAAUCGUUUGAAUUAUGCCGGCCACAUAGACAGAGUUCUUCCCACUUCUUCUCAGAACAUCCAACAGGAAUACUCGAUGCGACCCAAAGAAGCGACUCUGCCAAUUCUCUCUUCUCAAGCCAUGCAAACUGUUUACGAGUCACAGCCUAAGGACAGUCACGUUCUAACAACCCAGCAACAGAAUACUCAUCAGAGUUACACGUCCGUUCACGAGAAAGACCACAUCAUUCACAACUCCCACAAUGACUACGCUACGGUGGAUCAGAAUAAAAGUCUGCCUCGAAAGGACUCGUACUCGACCGGAGGCAGUAGCAACGCAACCACGUCCAACAGGAAUCAGAAUUACCCGGCUCAGAAGGAUCCUAUAUCAAACUCGUCCGAGGAUCACUUCCAACGUAGUUACACGAAAAUUAGCAAGGAGGCUGACACCUCGGUUAACAAUGUCGUCGACCAGGAUCAAGAGCCACAAGGUCACAGACGUGAUACCAAUUACAAUUCGACAAAGAAGAUGGAUGUAGAUCCGUUUGCUCAAACGUUUUCCUACGGGGUGAAAGAGUCUAUGAACAGUCAGCCUGAGCAGAGUGUGUUGAACCAGAACACUGACAACAUGUAUCAGAGUCAGAGGGAGGAGACCCAAAGUUACUCCACUUAUUCCAACAAGGACACCAAGAAGAUCAGCACUACCUCUUCCAACAAUAUAAACAACAAACCUCUCAUACAGAAUACUCCUGUUACACGUUACCCGCAACAGUCAACCUCCUUCGUGGCUACGUCCAACUAUGAGCAGAGUACAGUUACUGAGAACCAUGCAAAAUCGACAACCACCGUUGCUCAUAAUUCUUCUAAUUUCAGCAUUCUGUCGUGGACGACGUUCUCUCCUGUUGGCGGGGGAAAUAACAAUAAUCUGGUGCAGUUUGAGCAAGGAUCCAGCCAGACAGACAACACCGAGGGAAAAACUAUAUGUGAGAAUUAUAGUUACGUUCCCCUGCACAAGGAGAAUCCAAAUUUCUCCAACGUGUUGACCAACGACGUUUUCUCUGUGAACUCCACCAUGGCUAAUAUGGAGAAGCCAAGGAUGGGGAAAUCAGGAAUGGAAACGCAAAAGCAAUCCUUUGUGGAUUCUUCUAAAGCUAGGAAUAUCCAAACCAACGUUCCUCCGUCAGGCAAGCAGAGUCGCAUGCAGAAUCAAACUUCUUCCAACAACAAUAACAACAACAACGACUACAACAAAUAUAACACGGAAAAUAAAAACAAGUCCAAGUAUGGGAUGGAGUCAAAGUAUAUUCAGAACGAGUAUCCCGGGAUGGAGCAGCAGUCUCAACAGCAACAGCCGCAGCACGGGCCAAAGAACCAUCAGCCAAUGGUGACAAAGCAAGAUAAAACAGUCUACCCAAUGUCUAAUUACGAUUCUCAAGUGAACUUCGACUUGUCCGAGGUUAACACGCAAAUGAAGUACUCCGUCGAGACUUAUGCAAGCUCAAAUUUCAAAUAUCCGGACAAGUCUCAACAGCAAAGUCAGAAUAAAUAUCAACCUUUGGUCCAGGGACAGGUUCCACCGCUGCAACAUGAUAGCGUUACUUACAACAACGAUGGGAAACACGGGCAGCAGCAAAGUGCGGCAAAGUCGAAAGGGAUUCAACAGCAACACGCAGUUAGGGCGCCUGUAAAUUGGAUGAUGACGCCGGAGAUCAAACAUAACGCCAACAUUGCCGACAUUAUCUUACCACCUAUUGGGAAGGAGCUGGAAUUCUGUCAGAACAAUCUGUUUGCUCAGACACCAUCCUACAAUCAAGGAACACCGAAUCAGUUUUAUAACAAUUACGAUGUAGCUGCUCACAGUUUCUCUAAUUUACCGGUAUUGCAGAGCGAGCCGAAAAGGACCUCUGAAGUGUUCUACUCUGAGGAACAACCGUUCCCUUGGUCCCCCACGAAAACCAGCAUUCACGUCGAACAGGGUCAACCAGUCAAGGGUAUUGAUCAGCACAUCGUUCCUUCUAGUCUUCCAACGUUGGUCGGUGAUCUAGAUUUAGGUACCAACAUACCCGAGAAACAGAACUUCUUGUUUAGCCAGGUGUCCUCGAGAGUUCCAUCCGAUCAGAGUAAAGAUACUAUCAAGGAUAAAGAGGGGAACGUUGCAGGACGUGAUUUCCAUACUGUAUUGAAUAACCAGACUGUUCAGCAUCCAACAGCGGGAUCCUCUUUUCUCUCUGUGAGUCAAUUAGUGGAACAUGAGAAAGCUGAGAAGUCUCAUCAGCAGCAUCAUCAGCAGCAUCAUCACCAUCAUCACCACCACCAUCACCAUGCACAUCAACAUCAACAGCAGCAGCAGCAACAACAACAACAACAGCAGCAGCAGCAACAGCAACAGGCUAGAAAGCAUCAGAGGAAGAGCAAUGGUAGUCCUAGAGGAAACAGCAAAAGGCAGAUGGAUAUUCGGAAACAAGGAUCAGGUAAUGAUCAGUUGCAUCAAAGGCACGAGGAACAAAAAUCCUCUGGACACACCUUCCCUGAACAGGGAUACCAACAGCAGCAGCAGCAGCAACAGCAACAGCAACAGCAACAACAACAAAAAUAUCAACAGAAUAACGUUCAUUGGAGAAGUAGGAAUUGCAAGAGUAAUUACACUGCCGAAGCAUUAAUAGGGACGAACAACAGCGUGCAUGAUACGAACCAGGACAAACACGCUUCGAUUAAGUUCUCCGCGAAUUAUUCGCAAAAUAAGUUCCAAACGAGCCUGCCCACCGCCGAUACAGUCAUGCCCCUCAAUUACUUUUCAAACGCGGACGACGGUAGCGGUUACGGGCAAAUGGUGAAUCAGAACUUCAAUUCGUACACAUAUUCUUCUAAUACGAACAUUUACCCUACUUCGAAUUUUAUAACCAGUAUAUCAAACACACCUACCAGUUACAUGAUGCCACUGCACGAUAACACUGACUACAUGGAAGCGAAUGCGUUCCUCUUGUCGAACGUAACCGUUGCAUCAACCAGCACCUCGUCGUCCACGUCCACCGUGACAACCUCCGCCUCAAACGUGAAUACGAACGCAAAGAAUCAUCAACACUAUGGGAAGCACCAGAAUUGUGACAAGAGGUCGUAUCCCACGAACGCGAAGAAAGGAAAGAGGAAAGGUCUUGAUGGGACUAUGCAGAACUUGGAGUUCCCUUUGUCUGGUAUCAAUUCACCUCUGGAGGAUUAUCAUCACUCUACUACAUUUUUACCACCACCACCGCCACCGCAUGCUAGCCCCCUUUAUCAGAAUCAUCCGCAAGCGAAUGUGUAUACUAAAUCGGUAAAUGGAUUGCCACCACCGCCAUCGGUAGCUGGCCCCCAAGGUGUACCAACGGUAGCAACGGCAGGUUUUCCAAUGAAUCCAAACAUGCCAAGAGGAGGGAUCGUCGCUGGCAAUCACAUGACUAUGGGCCACCAUCCGUCUGGCACGAGUUUAACCAACUUCAAUUUAAGUACCAUUUUUCCAGAGAUGAACGAUAAAAUCACUGGGUAUAAACCACCGAACGGUAUACCACCUGGCUUAUCACAGGCGAAUCAAUCUGCACCCUAUACACAGAGGACUAACUAUCCAACGAAUCCUCUCUGCCAUUUACCACAGGUGUGUUUAUUAAUCAAAACGUUUGGCAUUCUCUGUGAAUUCAGAUUAAACAGAAACAUUGUCCUCAGGUAUCGGAAGGAAGUCAAUUUGGUAAUAGUGUUCCUCCUCCUCCUCCUCCUCCACCUCCUCCUGGAGUGAUUCAUUACAAGAAU